AUGCCUUCAACGCCGAUGCGAUGUCGAUACCCCACGAAGCCCCUCUGGCCAGCGCUACACACGCAGUUCACGUCGACAAUAAUGGACGACAUGGACGACGUAGCCGCGUUCUGGCAGCACCAUGCUGAGGGUUUCUGUCCACAGGGCAACCCGCUCAAAGUUUGGGAAGAAUUACUGCUCAUAGCAGCACAAACGCCUGAGCGUUUCCGCUAAGCUGUGCAAGCGGCCGCAGUCGCUGUUGGUGCCCGGUACUGCAACCACGAUACUCAGCCGGGUCCGCUCCCUGAUAUCAGCAAACUGCCGGAGAGGCAGGCCGCCGCACAGCAACACGCUGGAUUAUGCGGAAAGUACCACGCGGAACACAUCGCCAACAUCGACGUCACCAUGGUGGAAGAGAGGGCAGCAGGAGCUGAGAUCACAACGAAAAGAAUGAGGAAUCAGGCCUGCUACGACGCCGGGACGGCGCUCAACGCGCGAGGCCGUGGGGUUCAGCUGAGGAGGCAGGAGUGCUUCACCCAGGCCUGCCGCGCGGUCUGGCCUGACGACCAGCCGCU